AUGUCCUCAGAAUGGCACAGACUACGUCUAUCGCAAGAAGAUCUACCUCCGCUGCUCUGUCAGUACUCCUGGAGCCGCCAAGGUUACGAGCUGUUCGUGACAGACCUCACCUCCAUCUGGUCUGAACAACUAUCUCGUAAAGAGAUAUUGAAACGAGCGGAUGAAAGUGCCACCACGAUUGAUCCUAGCGAGGAUCUGGACCAGCUUGAUCUUCUCCUCACCAAGAUCGGAGACGCUUUCCGUGGAGACGGGGGCACUACUAUAAAACUACACAGCGGUGCUUCAACAGAUUCUCUUGAACUCAACACGAGCACCAAAUUGCCUGCUCCUCUGAGACCACUCAAGUGGACUCUACAGCUAUCUAGGGAGCCUGCUUCCUCUACGACUAGCCAUCUAGUUUUGCCGCUAUUACGAGGCGAAGCAUCCUGGGAGUCCCGACAGCGAUCCUUGUUGGAUCAGCUCAAGCAGAAGGACUGGGUGCUAGGGAAGCUGCUUGACAGGUUUGAAUCCCUGGGAGCAGAUCUGGGAAGUGUGUUUCCUGGUGCAGCUGGUCUACGGAUGGCUCGAAAAGGCAGCUCGAGAACCGAGGCCGCCAGGGUCAUCAAAGGCAUCGCGCCGUUUGAUGAGGAGAACUGGCUCGCCGAAUCUGAGGUCUCCUCGCCCAGCUCCAAGAUAGUGUCCAACCUCAUUCAUGAGCUUGCGGGAUCCCGCGGCAGCCUUGGCCUUGAAAGACUUCGCCCAUCCCAAGACAAGUGGUGGAGCGGUCUCCAAAGGCGCUCCGAGACCACUUCUUUUCAAGAAGAGGAACCUACGAAAGCCUCCACAUCUCAGACCAGGAUCAAGGCUAUUGAUACACAGGGUGAUUUGGAUCUUGACGAGGAGAUGACGUCGGGAAGUGAAGUCGACGAGUUCGAGCAACAAGAAGUCGUUCCUCGGCAAAGGGCUCAAGAAGCUAAAUCAAUUGUAUCUCCAGCCAAAGCAAAGGCCAAGGAGAAGAGUUUAUCACCACAGCCUCAGGCAGUGGAUACAAAUGAAGCGACGGCAACUGAAUCCGAGGCCGAACCUGAGCCCAAGCUUUCACCUCCACAUCGACGAAAACGUACACCGACGCCCACAGCUUCCCCCUCCCCGAAACCCACCGUACCAGCUACGCCACCAAAAGAGCCCCUCAAGAAGCCUAAGAAGGGACUUGGCGUGAUCGGAGGCAAGAAGAAGAUCCCAGAGCCAGAGCCAGAGCGUGCAACAUCACCAGCAGCUGAACUAACUCAGCCACUCGAACAACCUCCCAUACAACCAGAAGAGCAUAUAGCAUCCACAGUACCACCAGCUAAAGUCAAAAAGCCCACAAGACUGGGGAUGAUAGGCGGCAAGGCGAAGGCAAAAGCAGCGCCUCCCACGGAGACAGCCCCUAUCCAUCAGGAGACUAUAGUCACUUCGCCUGAGCGAAAGCCCCGUGAACAGUCUCCAGCGCCCAAACAACGGGCCAUAGACCGGGUGUCGCCGAAAAGGGAAUCUUUGGAGCCUUCACUACCAGCGAAAGCACCGAGUGCAGCACCGGCCCCGGAAGAAACUGAGGCGCAAAGAGCUGACCGUAAGCGGGAGGAGCUGAAACGGCAGCUGGAAGCGAAGAGUAAGGCGCCCACGAAGAAGAAACGGAGGUUUUGA